AUGGAUGUCUCGAGUCCCAGAACUGAAGCCCUGUCAAUGGAGCCCAGUGCCAAGCUGUUUUGCUGUGGUUUCGUGAGGCGUUGCAUCCUUCUGGUGUAUAGAGAAGAGCUAUACCACAUCCUGCGCAUGACUGGACCCCUGCUUGUGUGCCGGUUCCUGAAUUUCCUCCUUUUCUUUGUGGUGACAAUGUUCUGUGGCCGCCUGGGGAACACUGUGUUAGCAGGCUACGCCAUGGCCUCAGCUACAAUAAAUGUAACAGCUGCAGCCACGGGGUUGGGACUUGCUUUGGCAUGCGACACUUUGGUAUCACAGACAUUCGGGAGUAAGAACCUUCUCCGUGUAGGUGUCAUCCUGCAGAGAGGCAUCCUAAUUCUGAUGCUCUUCAGUUUGCCUUGCUGGGCUUUGCUUGUGAACACCCAGCCUCUACUUCUCUAUCUGGGGCAAGACCCUGAAGUGGCCAGGAUUGCACAGCUCUAUGUGGUUGCAUUUUUGCCAGCAAUUCCGGCCAUGUUUCUGUAUCAGCUGCAACUGUCAUAUCUUCAGAACCAGGGAGUGAUCAAGCCUCAGAUGUAUGCAUCUGCAGUUGCCAAUGUUGCCAAUGUGAUAGUGAACUACUUUCUGCUGUACUGGUGGGAUUCUGGAGUCUAUGGGUCUGCUGCUGCAAACACCUUUGCUCAGGUUUUUAAUUGUUUUGCCCUGUUUUGUUUCAUUCGCUGGCAGAGGCUCUAUGAGAAAACUUGGGGAGGGUGGUCUUCAGAAGCCUUGCAGGAUUGGGUGUCCUACAUGAAGCUGGCCAUUCCCAGCACACUGAUGACCUGUUUUGAAUGGUGGAUCUAUGAAGUUGGAGGCUACCUGGCAGGAAUGCUGAGUGAGGUGGACCUGGCUGCUCAACACGUGGUUAUAAUGCUGGCGUACAUCAACUACAAGAUCCCAUUAGGAAUGCAAGGUGCAGCGUGUGUUCGUGUGGGAAACGCACUUGGCGCUGGGGAAACAGCUGCUGCCAUCCUCACCAGCAAGGUGUCUCUCAUCAGUGCAGCUGUUAUAGCAAUCUUUCAAGGUUUUAUCCUGGGCUCGACAAAAACAGUCAUUGGCUACAUAUUCACUUCCGAUGAGGCUAUAGCAGAACUUGUGUCUCAGCUACUGAACAUCUACUGCCCUCUUCAGUUCUUUAACGGAAUAUUGAGUGUUGGCAUGGGCAUUCUGCUUGGCACAGGGCAGCAGAAGAUAGCCGCUAUUGCUAACCUCUUUGGCUACUACUGCAUUGGCCUCCCAAUGAGCAUUGUUCUAAUGUUCACGGCCAAGUUACAAGUUGCUGGCUUUUGGCUGGGCCUCCUCAUUGCGGUCUUUUUGCUAGCAAUUUUUUUCAUUGUGGCUAUUUUCAAAUUAAACUGGAAGAAAAUGACAGAAGAGGCAAUUGAGCGUACAGGAAAGAGUGCAAAUGGAGCAGCAAAUGGAGCAAUGACCCCGAACCAUCGCAACAGCUUCUACCAGGUGGUCCUGAAUGCAGAGAAUGGGAAUGGAUAUGUGGUUGUGGGCUCUCAUGAUCAGGAUGAGGGGCUCAACCAUACUGUGGUACACGAGGGGCCAAACGUGACUCACAUGGAUGAAAAGCCUGCAGUUCUGCUCUCUAGCGCUCAGCUGAUCCUCAGGAGGGGUCUGACCACCCUCGCUGCUCUUCUCAUCCUAGCUGUAGGGAUAGCCAUCCAUCUCACUGUGCCUUUACCUUACGUAUCUUAUGGUGCUGGUGCAGAUUUUACUUCAGACUCAAACUUUACCACAGCCACUCCCAUCUAG